GAUUCAAUGGCUUGAUUUAACCGUUAAGGUGAGGCGGAAGCAACCUGUUGUGUGUGAAUAAAUCGGAUAAGCAGACCCGUUGAAUAUUCCUCAAUCAACAGAAAAAGCGCGUGGAUAGGCUGUAUGGAAUUGAGGACUAUCCUUCGGAAAUGGCACUGACAUAAUUUUUGCUGUACUCUGAUCUGCCCUGCCCUAACCACCUGGCUCAUCCGGUUGAGGGUAGAGGUGGAGAUGGCAGUUCUCCUGGAAAUGAUGUCGCAGUCCGGGCUAGCAACUGGGAGUGUUCUGUUGCUAACUCUUUGGUUUGCUCUCUCCCAAGGGCAAAGCACUACACCAUCGUCAGAAAAUACAAGCACCACUGUCAUAGGUACCACUACAAACUCGCCAGGACUCAACAUUGCAGCCAUAGUAGCCCCAACAGUAACUGUAAUUGUGCUGGCAAUCAUCGCUGGGGUUUUGGUGUUUCUUUUCUGCGUGGUAAAAAAGAAGAGGCAAACAGAGGGAACAUAUAGACCCAGUGCAGAAGAGCAAACUGGUGCACGCGGCGUGGAGGCCCCAGAUGCCCUGAAACUACCCAAGGAGGAGAGACUCAUUUGAGGGGCUGGGACCCCUCUUGGUACCUUACCACUUAGGGCAGUGGUCUCAGCAGGUCGGGCUGCAGCAAGAUGCCAUUCCCUCUCCGAACGUUUUCAUUCUGAGGGUGGACACUUGUGACUGCAAAACAAACAAACAAAACAAUAAACAGACUCGAAUACGUGUGUGGAAUGUCUAAAUACGGCAGGCAUGCUGUAUCAAACGAGUCUCGGUCAUAGAAGGAGCUCUAUGACAGAUGCUGACCUAUGGUUAUGGACUAAGGCCUGUUCAUACACUCUCUGAUAUGACUAAAGAGUUGUGUGCGGAACCGGUGACAUGGCUCGCUGUUUCAAUCAUUACUGGUAUUCCUAAGACUGCUAAGAAGUGUACAAAACUCCAAAUAUCAAGCACUACCUCUCUGAGCUCUCUUCAGAGUGAAAGAGAGAGAAGCCUGCACUGUUAGGGAGCUGAAGAGGGGGAUGACUUUUAGAUACAAUACUCACACUCACAGAGCUAAUCCUCAAGAGGGGACUUAGACAAAAGACUCUGGCUCUAGCACGACACUGGGCUGAAGAACAGACUCCAGUGCAGGUAACUUGAAGAAAGCAUCUGAUUUUAGGCUAAUACUCACAACCACAUUCAACCAAUGAAUCUUUAUUCGUUUUCAUUUCAGAAAUGGUUAGCUGUGUAUGUAUGCAUCUUAAUAUGCAUAUGAAAAAAAAUGUGUAAUCAUAUCAUUCGAGGUU